AUAUAAUGGGCUCAAACCCUACUGUCAAGCGUCCACCAAAUUGACCAUCCCUUUUCAUCAGAGAUGGGAUACAUUUACAGGGAAGCAGCCGCCGGGUGUCACGUGGUGGCGAUGCCCUAUCCAGGUCGAGGCCAAAUCAAUCCCAUGAUGGAACUAUGCAAGUCACUUGUUAGAAGAAAAGAUGACAUCCGUGUUACUUUUGUAGUCACUGAAGAGUGGCUAAGUUUCAUCGGUUCUGAUCCUAAGCCUGAUCAAAUAAGCUUCAGCACUAUUCCCAAUGUUGUCCCGUCUGAGCUAGUUCGCGCUAGCAACAUGCUAGAGUUCUUUGAAGCGCUCAUGACAAACAUGGAAGCUCCGUUUGAGCGAUUUUUGGAUCAUCUUGUGCAGCCGCCGGCUGUCAUAAUAGCUGAUACAUAUCUGCUCUGGGCUGUCAGGGUCGGGAAUCGGAAGAAUAUUCCAGUGGCCUCAUUUUGGCCUAUGUCUGUUAAUGUGUUUUUAAUGUUUCAUUAUUUGGAUCUUCUCAGGGAAAAUGGACAAUUCCUAGUGGAUUUGUUAGAGAGAGGGUAUGAACGUGCGGACUACAUUCCAGGAGUUUCUUCAACAAGUCUGGUGGAUUUCCCUUCCUUCAUUAAUGGGAGCAACCCAUACAUGUUGGGUCGGAUUGUGGAGGUAUUCUCAUGGGUGCCUAAAGCACAAUAUCUUUUAUUCCCUUCCAUCUAUGAGCUCGAACCCCAGGCCAUUGAUGCUAUAAAAGCAGGAUUCUCCUUUCCUGUCUAUACUGUUGGUCCUUCAAUACCGUACUCGAAACUUGAAGAUGGAUCUCAUACGAUUACUGCACAUGGUGACAUUGACUACUUGAGAUGGUUAGAUGACCAACCUAGUAAAUCCGUUCUGUACAUUUCCAUGGGGAGCUUUCUUUCAUUUUCCAGUGCCCAAAUGGAUGAAAUUGCUGGCGGUUUGCAUGAUAGUGGUGUUCGAUACUUAUGGGUGGCUCGUGGAGAAACUUCUAGGUUGAAAGAGGUUUGCGGUGAUAAGGGAUUAGUAGUGCCCUGGUGUGACCAGCUGAGGGUGUUGUGCCAUCCAUCUGUAGGAGGAUUUUGGACGCAUUGUGGGUGGAAUUCUGUUCGAGAAGGUGUUUUUGCAGGUGUUCCUUUCCUCACUUACCUAAUUUCUGCAGAUCAACGCCCAAACAGCAAGUUAAUCGUGGAGGACUGGAAGGUUGGCUGGAGAGUGGAGAAAGAGUAUAGGGUUGAAAAUCUUGUGAGAAGGGAGGAAAUUGGAGGACUUGUGCGGGAUUUUAUGGAUUUGGAUAGCAAUGAAGGAAAAGAGAUGAGGAGGAGAGUGAAAGGAUUUCAGGAGAUAUGCCAACAAGCAGUGGCGGAGCCACGUGGGUGCAAAAGGGGACAAUUGCCCCUUCAUUUUUUUUUAAAGUAUUUUCUAUAUUAGGAUAUUAAUAUAAUAAUUUGGGGAGGAUUUGAUACACGGAAAGUGGAAAGUUGCUGUUUACUUAUAUUAUAAUAUAAUAUAUAUUUUCAGUUUAUUUACUUAAA